GAAAAAAUCAGGGCGAAAAAAAGAAAGGUUGUGGUCUGGAAGCUGCUGGGAACCAGAUCCGGAGGAGAUAUCUGAUGUUUACUUCAUUUCUCGCUGAAGAUACCAGGAAAACUCUUUUCCUUGGAAAUGGAAAAAUGCUUGAUAAGAUGGAGAUGCUUUAAUUUUUCUGUCUGAAAAUACUUCCAGCAACUUUUCCUCUAAAGAAACAAACUAACUUGGUUCCCUGAGAGAACACACACGUACAUGUAGAACGAGGACAUCGUGGUCUUCAAUCAGCCGCCCCCGUGAAUCAGGUGCAGGUCGCACAAAAGGUGGCCUGUCAUUACCGAGGAGAACCUGCAAACGCUGUCAGAUGAUGCUGUAAACAUUUGACUAACCCACUUAGAGUACAGCAGUUGUGAAUCAUGGGCAGCUUUAAGGGCCACGCUCUCCCUGGGAGCUUCUUCCUCGUAGCUGGGCUUUGGUGGACGGGAAAGUACUCGCUUUGGCACGCCACCCGCAGGAACAAGAACAUAGGCUCCACUCGGCUGUCCAGCAGAGCCUCGCAGCGACGCCUGGAGAUCAUUGAGAACUCUGUCGUACUCUUCUUCUCGUUAUUUGGGAUGCUGGCAGAGCAGUUUUUAGCGGGUGGACCGAGGCUUCACUUGUACGACUCUGUAGAGAAACACUGGGAGGAUCUGAUGAACUGGCAACAUGCCACCAUGUACCUGUUCUUUGGUCUGGCUGGGACCGUGUCUCUGGUCGUCCACACCACAGAGGCAGCGCCACUGGCCCUGGACAGGUUAAUGCUGGCUAUAGCCUUCUUCAACGAGGGAUUUCUUUUCCUUUACCACCUCCAUGGCAGGACUAUGCUUGAUGUCCAUGUGCAUCAGCUUCUUCUCUUUGCCGUCUUUGGCCAGGCUGUGGUUGCCUUCUUAGAGGUCUUCCACCGUGGCAACAUCAUUCUGGAGCUGCUGCGCUGCACUCUCACUGUCCUGCAGGGAACCUGGUUCUGGGAGAUUGGCUUUGUGCUGUACCCACCCCACGGGCCUGAGUGGGACCUGACUGACCACAACAAUAUGAUGUUCAUCACCAUGUGUUACUCCUGGCACCUCGCCUUCGCCAUGCUUGCUGUGAGCGCACUCUUUUGCACCGUCAGCUGCGUGGUUCGCUCCCGGUUGAAGAGGACUCCUCCAAUGGAAAUGGGACUUCUGAAGCCCAGAGACAGAGAUCCAGAGUCGGAGGACGAGAUUUUAUGAAGAGGACGUCAACUUUGUGACUCAUGAAUAUCACAGUUAAAUCAGGGAUAUGAUGCUCGCAGUUCCAUCAGGAGUGCGAGCAGAGAAAAGACACCCAGACAGAAAAGGGAUAUGGACAUAUGUUCUGGAUACUUUACCCUAGAAACAUAUCUCUACCUCUGCCUUAUUUAAUCAGUUGUAAACUCUGUCUAACCCGACUCGUUCAUUGCUAUUUAUUUAACAGUGACAUAAUGCUUUUCGUAUCCUCUGACAUAUCUUUGCACAAAUAAUCUAACUACACAUGAACCUGUAUAGGAGGAACAUUUUAUGAAUUGCAUGCUUUUCAUUUGACUUAGCUUUGAGAUUUUUGUGUUCAGCAGUGCCAUCGUGUGGUAAAAACUUAUCAACAUCGUCAGUAUAAUAUACUGUAUUAUUACUUGAAAGCUGGUAUUUACAUAUUUUCUAUGGCUUUUUUUUUGUUUUAAAAUGUUAAGAAAUGGAGUCACACAUGUACGUCAAAACCAAACGACACACAAUGAGAAUAUUAUUAAAAUUGUGUAAGUGUUUA